AUGAAUCUAUUAGAUACUAUUGUUGAAACCAAGAAAGGUGUUAAACUCUAUGCCAGACGUGCAGAAUCUAAAGAUAUCGAUGAUCUAACUCGUAUUAUCAAUUGGGCAUACCGUGGUAAAGAAGGUGCCAAUCCAUGGACAACAGAGAAACACUUGGUCAAAGGACAACGUAUCAAUGAAGCUGCCCUCACCAAAGAGUUGCUUACAGAUCCACUUUUAAAGACAAUAGUCUUGGUUGAGUUGGUCGAAGAAGAGAACGGCGCCGAGCCAGUCGAUCAGAAUCAAGGUGAACAACAACAACAGAGAAGAAUCGUUGGUACCAUUAAAAUCGAGAGAGAUACUCUAGAGGAUACCAGUGGAAUGAUUGGAAUGUUUGGUGUAGAUCCAUCGCUACAGAGCAGCGGAAUCGGUGGUGUCUUGUUCAAGAUUGCAGAGAACUACAUCAAGAAUACAUGGGGUCUAAACAGUGCAGUAAUGCACGUCAUCUCCAUUCGUGACGAACUGCUCAACUGGUAUAUAUCUAUGGGUUACUCUAAAACAGGUAAAGUCAUUCCUUUCCAUAAUAAAGACGACAAACUGGAUAGAGCACUUGUCGAAAAUUUGGAAUUCAACGAACUUGCAAAACCAUUAUAA